CUUUCUUCACUCAGCAACAGAAAGGACGUGUAAUUGGCUUCCAAAACAUGGAGAAAUCAACAAUUGCUGCAGUGCUACUGCUUCUGCACCUUUUUGUCUUCUCUUAUCAGUCUGAUCAGGUCCAUUCUUUGGCCACUCCAUCUGAGAAUGAUUUUAGCUACAUGAAGUUUGUGCACAACGCCACCGAUCUACCGUUAGAAGAAGAAUACGACUACAUUGUAGUUGGGGGAGGAACAGCAGGCUGUCCAUUGGCAACAACUUUAUCCGAAAAGUAUUCAGUAUUGGUUCUAGAAAGAGGCAGUGUUCCUAGUGCAUAUCCAAGUGUCUUGCGUGAAGAAAAGUUUACGAGUAAUCUCAUGCAGGAAGAUGAUGGUAAGAUCCCAGCUCAAAGGUUCACCUCAGAAGAAGGUGUUCGUAAUGCAAGAGGCAGGAUCUUGGGUGGGUCGAGUAUGAUCAAUGCUGGUUUUUACUCCAGAGCCGAAAAGGAGUUCUAUCUCACAUCUGGAAUUGAAUGGGAUAUGGAUAUGGUUUAUAAGGCAUAUACUUGGGUCGAAAACACCACCGUAUUCCGCCCGGUUAAUGUGGAAACUUGGCAAUCUGUUGUGAAAGAAGCCUUAUUGGAGGCUGGUGUUACUCCGGACAAUGGAUUUAAUUUGGAACACAUUCCAGGAGCUAAAGUUGGGGGUUCGAUUUUUGACAGUAAUGGAAGGAGGCAUGGAGCUGUUGAACUGCUUAAUAGAGCAGAGCCAAACAACUUGCAAGUUGCAGUUCAUGCCACAGUAGAGAGGAUCAUCUUUUCUUCCAAUAUGUCAAGAUGCUCUGCCACAGGAAUUAUAUACAGUGAUUCUGACGGGAGGUCACAUCGGGCAUUUGUACGUGGUAAAGGAGAGGUUAUAUUGAGUGCUGGAACGAUUGGAAGCCCUCAACUUCUGCUACUCAGUGGUGUUGGUUCUCAAUCCUACCUUUCGUCUCUUAAAAUCCCGGUCAUCUACCCUCAAUCCAACGUUGGACAGUUUAUGUUCGACAAUCCUCGUAAUUUCAUUAACAUUUUGCCCCCAUUUCUACUUGAGCCUUCAAUCCUACAAAUUGUUGGAAUUACAACUGAUUUCUACAUAGAGGCUCUCUCUUAUAUCGUGCCAAAUAAUUCCAGCAAUGUGACUCUGGCAAAUAUUGCUUCGAAAGUACCUGGACCCUUAUCAUAUGGUUCUCUCCGGUUGCAAUCAUCUUCUGACGUGAGAGUCGGGCCGAAUGUCAGCUUCAACUACUUUGCACAUCCGGCCGACCUUGCUCGCUGCGUUAAGGGACUGAGAAAGGUUGCAGACUUAUUAAAGACAAACUCGUUGAAACCAUUUAGGUCUCAAAAUUCUUCGGGUACGGAAGGUUUUAACUUUUAUGGACCAUCUUUACCUACGAACCAAACGGAUGAUGUUCCGUUUGAAACUUUCUGUCGAACUACAGUUGCCACAUUUUGGCAUUACCAUGGCGGAUGCCUUGUGGGAAAGGUGGUCGAUAGCAGUUUGCGAGUCAUUGGGAUCAAUUCAUUACGUGUUGUUGAUGGUUCCACAUUCAAUUUCUCCCCAGGAACCAAUCCCCAGGCCACCAUUAUGAUGUUAGGCAGGUAUGUUGGCGUUAAGAUGCUGCAAGAAAGAGAAGUCAAUUGAGGGUUUAACUUUAUGAUUAAACAUCUCGAAUGUACGUAAUUGUAUGAUCAGAAGAUUAAAUAAGUCAUGCAAUGUCGUUCAAACCAAGUGUACUCACGAACUUAA